AAUUUCUUAUUCAUUCGCUCAUACAUUCAUUCAUGCCAGGAAAGGUUCGGGUUCCUGUACCGUGCACGAAGAUCGCCAACUCGCAGAUUUCGCACACACAACCAGAAAAGACCACCUUUCCCGCAGACCGUCCAUACCAUACAAGUACUGUAGCGCAUCCAUCCAUCCAUACCCUAAAGUACCCAGACUACAGUAUUUCAACCCUUUUUGGAGGGAACGAACCCGUUCCCCCCCUUCACGUUAGAGACGAGCCUUCAUUUCCUUCUCCCGUCAUCAUCUCCAUCUAUUCUUUUUCUUUUUCUUCUUCUUCUUCUCCCUCUUCGCUCACUAUUCUAUUGUACUCGAGUGCUCUAUUGUACUCCCCGCUCCCUCCGUCGCCCUCGCUGCUAGCCAUCUCCCUUCUUUUCGUGCCCCUGCCUGCCCACCUGAUUGCAUUCAGACCCCCCUCCCCCUAGUUCAUGCGAGUUCGUGAUUCGUAAAGGUGGGAAAGAAGGAAGGAGAGAAAAGAAAAGAACCCGCUCCCCCCCCCCACAGAGAUCCUUAAAGAAAGCUAUUGUUGGUGGGUUCACCCACCAUCUAUUUCUCUCCCUUGAGCCCAAGCCUAACCCAACCUAGAGCCUCUUUGCAACCGGACCCCAGCUUUGCAACGGAAUAGUUUCGUGCUCACUCUUCUGUACCUGUACUCUAGUGCUCGGGGCAAGAACAUUCCCCCCAUCUGCGCCUGCCGCGUGGCCCUGGUCUCCUCCUAUUACAUUCCCUUCUAUCCUCAUAUCCCUCUUUGACCGAAUCGACCCAGCUGGGUUGUCAAUCUACGAACCGAAAGCGACGCACCUCACCGACAACUCCAUCGACACCUGUUGGUCUUUUCGCUCAUCGCUCUCUCUCGGCGUCUACACCGACACCAUUCGUUCGUUCUGUUUCCUCAUCUCCCCUUCCCCCCCCCGACGACGACUACAACCGCCGCAACGGCGAGCAAUUCCCUCCCCUUCGGUUCUGGUGAUCGCUCUGGGGGUGCAUAUUCUUAGUCCCUUUACCCGAUCGCCUUUCCUGGACCCUGUUGGCUACAGGCGCACUCUACGGAAUUGAUUUUAGACUAGGCUGUUGGAAUAGAAAUAAACAGCAGAGAUGCUAGUAGAAGAGAAGUGCGCCCCCCAUACACGGCGUGUGGGAGGGAGCUGGUGAACUGAUGGCACGAAUGCGAUGCAGAUAUAUCGGGCUUGCCCUUGCUAUCACCUCGAGUAUGGCCAUAGGUUUGUCAAUACUUCCCUUCCGCCGCUGUCGCCGUUGUGCAUGAUCGCUGAUUCCUUUGUCGAUGCAGGAACGAGCUUCAUAUUAACUAAAAAAGUAGUCGCCCCUGGUGGAGUUUAUUGACUCGCUGCGAAUAUGAACUAAUCUGGCGCCCACCGAGGCUGUGUUUAGGGGCUAAUAGAGACUGCGGAUAGACAUGGCUUUGAAGGGGAAGGCUUCAAGUAUUUGAAGAAUCCUAUAUGGUGGGCAGGGAUGAUAACAAGUAGGAGACCCGCUACACUAUAGGCCCUAAACUCGUACACAGGUUAUUAGGACUAACAUUGGGAUCCCGUUCGACUUGGAAUGUAGUGAUAUUGGGAGAGAUUGCAAACUUCGCUGCAUAUGCCUUUGCCCCCGCUAUUCUGGUGACACCAUUAGGAGCGCUGAGCGUAUUAGUUGGGUAGGUUUAUUCGGGGCCGGGGCGGUGCUUUUUUUGUUCGGAUGGUGCUAUCUAACUUGGAUUGUUUGACGGUCAUAGUGCAGUACUGGGGACACAUUUUCUUCGGGAAGAACUCGGGGUGUUGGGUAAAUUAGGGUGCGCCAUUUGUUUGAUCGGGAGUGUCAUUAUUGUUCUGCAUGCUCCCCCAGAUGAGGACAUUCAGACGAUUGACGAGAUCCUGCACUAUGCGAUUCAACCCGGUAAUUACAGUCUCCUCCGGUAGGCCGCACGUUUCCGGAGCUUAAUCUGACCGGUUUACCCUUCAGGCUUUUUGGCGUAUGUUGCCAUAGUGUCGGUGUUUUCCUCCAUAAUGAUCUACAAAGUGUCCCCCAAGUACGGAAAAAAGAAUCCACUGAUCUACAUUUCGAUCUGCGGGACUGUUGGGUCUUUGACGGUCAUGAGCUCCAAGGCUUUCGGAAUUGCUGUCAAAUUGACAUUUGCGGGGAACAACCAGUUUACGCAUCCAAGCACUUAUGUCUUUAUUAUAGUUGUGGCGGUCUGCAUCCUGACGCAGAUGAACUAUUUCAAUAAGGCGUUGAGUCAGUUUUCGAGCUCAUUGUUGGUUGCCUCUUUCCCGAGACUUCCACAGCGAUAAGACGGUAUGCUAAUGCUUGACAGAGUAACGCCAUUGUACUAUGUUACAUUCACCACAGCAACCUUGAUUGCAUCCUUCAUCCUCUUCAAGGGAUUCAAUACUACUGAUCCUGUCAACACCAUUUCGCUUCUCUGCGGGUUCUUGGUUAUUUUCGGGGGUGUAUACCUGCUCAACCUUUCCCGCUCUGACCCUAAUGGUCAUCGGCUGGCAGCUAAUGGAUCGGCAUCGUACGGCGAAGGGGUGCCCACGGAUGGGAUCACUGGCUUGCAGGUUCGACGAAGCAUGCAGCUGCGACGCUCGGACGUUGGCGGGCCACGGAGCAGUAUUGGAGCCAGGCUGCUGGAGAGGCAUCAGAUGGACGACGAAGCUGCUGUGGGGUUGACCGAUCUGGCGGAGGAUGAGGAUAGUGAUAGCGAUGAUGGCCUGGGAAGACUGCAUAAUCGAUGA